GCCGGGGCUUCACUCGCCGCCUCGCGCUGGGACUGGGAGCGCCGCGGGGAGCUCGGCCGUGGAGAGGGCGCUGCGCUAGGGCUGCCCAAUGCGUGGACAAUCUGCCGCCGCGGCUCGUGCACUAUGCUGGGGCUCCAGGCCAGCUGAACGCCGUCGCCACACCGCUGCUCGGGCUGGAUCGCAGCGCUGCCUUUCCUUAUGAAGAAGACACAAACUUGGAUUAUCACUUGCAUUUAUCUUCAACUGCUCCUAUUUAAUCCUCUCGUCAAAACUAAAGGAAUCUGCGGGAAUCGUGUGACUAAUAAUGUAAAAGACGUCACAAAAUUGGUGGCAAAUCUUCCAAAGGACUAUAUGAUAACCCUCAAAUAUGUCCCCGGGAUGGAUGUUUUGCCUAGUCAUUGUUGGAUAAGCGAGAUGGUAGUACAAUUGUCAGACAGUUUGACUGAUCUCCUGGACAAGUUUUCAAAUAUUUCUGAAGGCUUGAGUAAUUAUUCUAUCAUAGACAAACUUGUGAAUAUAGUGGAUGACCUUGUGGAGUGCGUGAAAGAAAAUUCAUCGAAGAAUGUAAAAAAAUCGUCUAAGAGCCCAGAACCCAGGCACUUUACUCCUGAAGAAUUCUUUAGAAUUUUUAACAGAUCCAUUGAUGCCUUCAAGGACUUUAUGGUGGCAUCUGAAACUAGUGAUUGUGUGGUUUCUUCAACAUUAAGUCCUGAGAAAGAUUCCAGAGUCAGUGUCACAAAACCAUUUAUGUUACCCCCUGUUGCAGCCAGCUCCCUUAGGAAUGACAGCAGUAGCAGUAAUAGGAAAGCUGAAAAUUCCACUGAAGACUCCAGCCUACAAUGGGCAGCCAUGGCGUUGCCAGCAUUCUUUUCUCUUGUAAUUGGCUUUGCUUUUGGAGCUUUGUACUGGAAGAAGAAACAACCAAAUCUUACAAGGACAGUUGAAAAUAUACAGAUUAAUGAAGAGGAUAAUGAAAUAAGUAUGUUGCAAGAAAAAGAGAGAGAGUUUCAAGAAGUAUAAUUGUGACUUGUAUCAACACUGUUACUUUCGUACAUUGGCUGGUAACAGUUCAUGUUUGCUUCAUAAAUGAAGUAGCUUUAAACAAAUUCAUAUUCUGUCUGGAGUGACAGACCGCCUCUUUAUCUGUUCUUGCUACCCAUGACUUUAUAUGGAUGAUUCAGAAAUUGGAACAGAGUGUUUUACUGUGAAACUGGCACUGAAUUAAUCAUCUAUAAAGAAGAACUUGCAUGGAGCAGGACUCUAUUUUAGGGACCUGGGGGACUUGAGGUCUCAUUUAGAACUUGCAGUUGAUAUUGGAAGAGAAAGCACGUGUCUUAGACUGCACGCACCAUUUGCAUGGCUCCAGAGACGUCUAAAUGCUGAAAAACCACCUAGCUUUAUUCUUCAGAUACAAUCUGCAGCCUGUAUUUAUCCUGGUCUCUGCAAGUAGAUUUCAGGUUGGAUAGUGGGGGUAAUAAUUUUUCUCAAAGGGAUCUAAUUAAAAAAAAAACAAACUCAGUAGCAUCAACCACUGUGCGGCGUAGAAAGCAGUGGGAACUAUGUGACUGGAGUGGGCAACAUGUCACCUUUGUAAUUGUUGGUUCGUGAUAUGGGUCUGAUCUUGAUCUCUUUCUGACUUAAACCAUGCUCACCCAUAUCCCACUAGACAAAUGGACAUGGUUGCCUGGUUUUAUCCAUGGAGGGGAGCCAGUACUGAGUUACAUUUGGCAGAGAGGAGACUUUCCAAACGAGUCAGUGCAGGAAGAAGCUAUGAACACUGAACUGCAGAACAGUCUGCUGAGGAAGACAUUUGGCACCCCUGGGAAAGUCCGCCUUUUUCCUUGACCCCUCUAGGGUGUAUAAAUCGUGUUUGCAAAAUAUAUUAUAACAUGUUUAUAUUCUAAAACUAUUACAGAACUAUGUAAAGGGACUUAGGAGAAAAUGCUGAAUGUAAGUUGGUCCCAUUUUCAAUUUCCAUCAUGGAGAGAAUAAAUAUAAAUUAUGAUAUUUAGUAUCUAAGGUUAGAAAACCACACCCACAUGCUAAGAUGGGUGUUAAAAACUAGGUUACUUGGCUUUUACAAGAAUGCAAGAAAUCAGGAAACUUUAGUUAUUUAUAGUAUAAUCACCUGUUUAAAGGAUCCAUUUAUUUAAAAUCAGGCACUCUAUAUUCAUUAAGGUUUAUGAAUUAAAAAUAAAAAGAAAGCUUUAUGUAGUUAUGCAUGUCAGUUUGCUAUUUAAAAUGUGUGACAGCAUUUGUCAUAUUAAGAGUGAAUUUGGCAGGAAUCCCCAAGAUGGUCACUGUGCUUUUAAACUAGAACUUGUAAGACAUUAUGUGAAUAUCCCUUGCCAAUUUUUUUUAAGUCAAAGGAACAUCUGACUAAAGUCAAAGAAUAAUUUCUUAUUUUUCAUUUCAAUGAAGAUUUUCUUAAUAUGUCAUGAACAUAAAGGAAUGCAAAGUUUUCCAUUCUAGCAAUCUUUGUGAUAACAUUAUUGCGAUGUACGUUUUUAAUGUGGCAAUACCA